UGAGAUGUCUUUCAAUGCUGGCGCAAUCGAUCGCGAGCUGCCCCGAUUUUAGGUCCGAUCAGAGCUCUCGACCCCGCGGCAAUGGCACCAGAUCGCUCAAGAGCGCUCUAAUCGCUGCGCUCAAGGCCGCCGGCGCGUCGAGGGAUCUUGGCGAGGUGAGGAGGAUUCAUGGCGUCGCAAUCCAGCGCGGGCUGCUCCAAUCGGACGUGUUUGUGGCCAACAGCGUCAUCAGCAUGUACGCCAAAUGCGGGAGCAUGGAGGAGGCCCGCGAGGUCUUCCAGGGCAUGGGAUUUCGCGAUGUCGUCUCGUGGAACGCGCUCAUCGGUGGCUAUGCCGAGGCUGGGGGUCCGGGCAGCGAGAUCGCUCUGGGAUAUUUCGAGCAGUUCCAGCAAGAGAAUGGGUGUUCUUCCAGCUCUCGGACGUUUGUUGCCGCUGUCAAGGCGUGUGCUGGGUUGGCGGCGCGAGAAGAGGCGACGCUUCUGGAUGGGAGAGUUCUCGUGAAGAAGAGAUCGCUGGAGCUGGGCAUGGCACUCCACUCCCAAGCAGCCAAAGAUGGUUUUGAGCGGGAUCUCUACGUCUCUAGCAGCUUGGUGGACAUGUACGCCAAGUGUGGGAGCUUGCUCGAUGCGAGGAGGAUCUUCGAGAGAAUGCCCGAGAGAAAUGCAGUGUCUUGGACAGCGCUGAUCUCCGGCUAUGCGGAAAGCGGAGAUGGCGAGACAGCUCUAGAGAUUUUUGAGCGUUUCUUCCGGAGCUUCCCGGUGGAUGGUCGAGCUCUUGUCGCUGCUAUCAAGGCCUGUGGCUGUGUAGCUGUGAAGGAGAAGGCAAGCUUGGUUGCCGGACAGGUUGUGAAGAUGCUUUCUCUCGAGAGAGGCAUGGCUAUUCACUCCAUGGCGGGCUCCGAGACGGAUAUAUUCGUAGCGAGCAGCUUGGUUGACAUGUAUGCCAAGUGUGGAAGGAUGGAAGAAGCUCGCAGAGUGUUCGAUGGGAUACCUGGCCGAGAUCACGACGUGGUUUUGUGGACCUCGCUCAUACAAGGAUAUGCCGAGAACGAUGAGCUUGAUCUGGCUUUCGGGAUCUUCGCUAGCGGUGUCGGCUUCCAUGGAGCCAACUCUCAAACGUUUGUGGCAGUUCUCAAGGCUUGCUCUGGCCUUGCCUCGAUCGAACAGCUUACUCAAGUCGAAGGUAAACUUGUCAAGAUCAAGAGCUUGCAGCGAGCAGUUUGAUCGACUUGUACGCGAAGUGUGGGAGCAUGGAAGACUCACAGGCCGUGUUCGACAGAACUUCGAGGCUCAACGUGGUUUGCUGGAACGCGUUGAUCCUCGGGUAUG